GUCACAUGCUCCGUGAGCAAUUAUUGGCUGGCACGCAAACAAUUGUGAGCCACUUCUUCAUCGAGCCCUUCUACCGGCUCUCACAAGGCCUCCUUUCAUUUUAUAGACUUGGGUCAUGUAAUUGACUUGGGCCAUUGUUGGUUAAAUACAACCAAAACAAAGUGUCAAUUUUCAGUCAAUGGCGGCUGAGUCAACGCGGUGGCCAUUUUGAGCUGAGUCUACAUGGCAACGUAGGAAAGUCACUGAUUCGGUGACUCGGGGGCAAGUCAUUGCCCCGCCGUGAAACGAUGGAGACCGCUCAAAAUAGGACACAAUGGCCUCGCUUGUGUUCCUCAUAUCACUCAUGCGCACGAUUAAAUACGUGCAAAUGAUUUUGAUUCGAUUUUUUUCUCAACUUUUCGCAAAGUAAAAAUCCUUUUGUGAUGGAAAGUAGGACACUUUUCCUCCAAAUUCUGAGAGAAAGUAAGGAAAAGGUGGGAUUGAAGGAAGGAAGUAAGGGAGGCAGUGAAGGAGUGACGAGGUGUUGAAUCACAGAGAACAAAAAACUGAUAAGGCAGCAGAAAGCUUGCAUCGCACACAAAGUGAGAGAGAGAGAGAGAGAAGCUUCGGGUGGGAUGGGAGUGAGCGCUCGCGGUCCAGAUGUUGCUGUGACGAGCGGCAGAAGACUCGAGCUGUUGCCGUUCUCUCGGAUUCGUGAUCAUUGCCGACUUUUUGUUUGGUUUUGUGGGAGGGCAUCAUGGUUGCCGGGCAGAAGCGUUUGGGUCUUCUGCUACACAGCUUGAAUUUGACGUCGUCCGUGGAGAUCAGCAAGCACAAGAGCAAGCAAGUGCCGGAGCCGAGUGCCAAGCGCAGCAAAGCGUUGGUCUCCGGGGUGACGUCCCUAGCCAGCCUGCUGCCUAUCAAGACGGCGCCGCUCAAAAGGUUCGGACAGACGCUGCAGCGUUCCAUCAGCUUCCGAACGGAGCGAGCCCUUCCGCCGCCGCCGCCGCCACCUCUUCCUCCUCCUCGGGCUCCUGCCACCCCCUUCUCCUCUUCCUCCUCCUCCAUGAAGACCCGGGUGACCUCAGCAGCCAAGUCCAACUCCUGCUCUUCCACAACUUCCUCUUCCUCUGGCUCCACACUGUCCAGGGUUGCCACGGGGACCGGCUCAGCCGCCAAGCGUCGUGACAGCAAACUCUGGAGCGAGACAUUCGAGGUCCACUUGGGGGCGACGCAAACGCUCAGCCCCAAAGACAUCAAGCGACAGGAGGCCAUUUUUGAGCUGGCUCAGGGCGAGCAAGAUCUGGUGGAUGAUCUCAAAUUAGCGAAAAAGGCUUACCACGACCCCAUGCUGACGCUGUCCAUCAUGACCGAGCAAGAACUGAACCAGAUCUUCAGUACUCUGGACUCACUGAUCCCUCUUCAUGAAGACCUGCUGAGUCGCCUCUGCCAAGCUAGGAACCCAGACGGGUCCACGGAACAUGUCGGACAGAUCCUGACCGAGUGGCUGCCGUGUCUGUCAUCGUACACGGCAUACUGCAGCAACCAGGUCUGGGCCAAGGCCUUGCUGGACCAGAAGAAGCAGAACCUGCGGGUACAGGACUUCCUGCAGCGCUGCCAGCAGUCGCCCUUCAGCAGGAAAUUGGACCUGUGGAACUUCCUGGACAUCCCGCGCAGCCGGCUGGUCAAGUACCCGCUGCUUCUGCGCGAAAUCCUCAAGCACACGCCCGACCAUCACCCGGACCGGCCGCAUCUGGACCAGGCGAUGCUGCUGGUCCAAGGUUUGGUGGGCGACAUCAACAGGCACACAGGCGAGUCUGAGUGUGAGUUCUACAAGGACCGGCUGCUCUACACCGAGGUGGGCCACAGGGACGCCCUGAUUCAACGCUCCAGGACGCUCAGCUGCCACGGCGAGCUCAAGAACAACAGAGGACUGAAGCUCCACGUGUUCCUGUUCCAAGACGUGCUGGUCAUCACCCGUGCUGUGGCGCUCAACGAGCAGCCCGUCAGCUACCAGCUGUGCCGGCGACCCAUCCCCAUCCGCCAGCUGGACCUGGAGGACCUGGAGGACGGCGAGAUGAGAGUGGGCGGCUCCAUCCGGGGAGCUUUCAGCAACAACGAGCGCACAAAGAACUUCUUCCGCGUGUCAUACCGGGUUUCGGGUGGCGCACUGCAGAGUCACUGCUUCCAGGCCAGCGACGCUUUCAACAAGCAGCAGUGGCUCAACUGCAUCCGCCAGGCCAAGGAGGCGGCGCAGGCCCAAACGGCACGCCAAGACGCCUCGUGUUCGGCAGAUGAAGUUACGGCGGAGCUGGAAUCAGAGGAGGGGAUGGACCCGGAGACGGAGCCGGAAGAGAAUAAAAGGCUGCACGAGGAAGGAAAAGCAGAGACAGGAAGUGAGGCGGCUGCGGGCAUGGAGACGGGACAGGUCGAGCUGAGGGUCGAAAUGGAGAACCACAUUGGUGAGAGCCACAAUGGUGAUGCUGAGGAGGAAAUGGAGGAGGCGCUUAACAAUGACGAGGAGAGGGCAAGGAAAAUUUCCAAAAACCCCGAUCAGGGGAAAAAUGAGAAACCUUGACCACAGAUGGGAGGAUUCCCCUUCCAGGAUGACCAGGCUGCAAUGGAUGCAGAGAGGGCACAUAGAAUACAUAAUAUGGACGAUCCAAAGAAAAAGUGGAUGUCCAAUUCAAAGUGAAGAGCUGCAGGAGGUCCCCUCAUCCUGAUUUGCACUUCACCAACUACCAGAAAGGUUUGCUUACCAUGGUAACCAAGGACAACAAUACCAAAGAGACUUUAAACCAGACCCACUGACUGUAGUCACCUUAAAAGCGUGGAAACGCUGCCAUUUUGACCCCACCCCCUUAUUGGGUAUUGGUGGAACUGCUGUAAUAUUAACAUGGAUGUCUGAAUAAAGCCAUCUGUCAUGUGUCA